AUGUCUGAACGGUCAAUCCCGGUGGUGCCACCGGAUCCGCCUUCUGGCCCCAUUCUAGAAAGAAUAAUUACGUCUGAUAAGCAGGAGAAUGCUGGCAACAUGAGCAUGGUGAUGAGGGGGGAUGCGUUGGGGGAACGGAAAGGAAGUGUAGUUUCGUACAAAAACAUUGUUACAGGAGAGGAGAGUGAUGAUCAUAUGAGUGAGGAGGUUGAGGAGGAAGAAGAAACAGAUCAGGAUGAACAUGAUACAUCUGUUGUUGAUCUCCAAGGUAUGAAGGUAAACGAAGUUAGCAUCGGAGGAUAUGAUUGUCCGGAGUUUGUUUUGUCGAAGUAUGAAGAAUCACGUAUGCAUAGACCAUGGAGGAGAGGAGUCAUUGUUAAGCUUCUAGGGAGAAAAAUCGGGUACAAAGCUCUGGAAACAAGGUUGAAGCAAAUGUGGGUGCGAAAGGGAAUCAUCAAUAUCAUUGAUGUGGGAAACGAUUACUACCUGGUAGCAUUCACACACGAGGAUGAUAAAAAUGCUGCAUUGGCUGAGGGACCUUGGUUUAUUUACGAUCACUACUUGACAGUGAAGGAAUGGUCACCGGAUUUCCAACCUAAUAGUGAUACGAUAGUGAAUGUAGCCGUAUGGAUAAGAAUAGCUGGAUUGCCCAUUGAGUAUUAUGAUCCUAAAUUUCUUCAUUUCGUGGGAGAUAGGGUAGGAAAGACAAUCAAGGUGGAUAAGAACACACUGCAACAAGAACGCGGCAAGUAUGCUCGAAUAUGUGUGGAAGUGAACAUAACCAAGACUCUCUUGGCCAUGUUUACAAUCAAAGGAAGAAGGUAUAAGAUCGAAUAUGAGGGGUUGCAUCUGCUAUGUCUCAAGUGUGGUAAAUUUGGCCACUACAAAGAGGGCUGCCAGAGUACCAUUAAAGGAAAAGAAGUGAAUGUUCAUGAUGGUAAUAUGAAGGUGAUAACAGGAGGAGGUGAUGGCAAUCCAAAUACAAAAGCUGUACAGAAGAGUCUGGAUGCGGGUGAUGGACCUUGGCAAAUCGUCCAGAAGCAACGCCGAGGAAGGAAGAUGUCGAAAAACCGGAGGAACAAUACUCCGGGAGGUAUUACUGAGAAAAAUGCAAAAAUGGUAUCGGGAUCGAGAUUUACCUUUUUGGGAGAUAAUGAAUGCGAAGUUAGUGGAGAAAAAAAUAUAGUUGAAAAUGAUCGUGAUGCUAUUAAGGAAACAACAGUGGCCCAUACAGGAAAUAGUGAUGAGGGAUUAAAGAGCAAUGAUGAGAAUUUAAUUGCCUCUUUAAAACUUUUAGAUGUUCAAGAUAAGGAUGCUACAGCAAUAAAGGCAGGUGAUGGUGGGACCAGUCUUCAAACAAUCAAAGAGAAAGGAAAGGGAAUCAUGAUGUAG